AUGACUAGGCUUAGGAUCACCAGAAGCAAAAGAACUAAAAUGGACCUUGAUACAAUUACCCAAAGCACACAAGCUGUGGAUAUUACGAGAGUUCCGAACGUUCAAACAAGAAGAGCUUCGGCUCAAGCCUCCGCUUCUUGUCAGGAAGAAUCCUCCCCUUUAGCAACUAAAUUAAAUUUAAUAUGGAAAACCAUUAAAGAACUCAAGGAUAAUAAAGGCAGGACUUAUUCAGAGCUCUUCAUAAAUUUACCGGAUAAAGAAUUAUAUCCUGAUUAUUUUGGAGUGAUCAAAAACCCAAUUGCCCUAAAUAUCAUUAAGCAAAAAAUUGUCGAUGGAAAAUAUUUGAAAGAAGAAGAUUUUGAAAAAGAUCUGGACUUGAU